GUGGUAAGGGGAGAGCCAGGUCCCGGCGACCCCUGCAUCGGGUCGCGCCGGCCCGCGGCAGCCCCCGGGCGUCUCCGCUCGCCCUGCUUCACCCGGGAUACUUGGAGCUUCCGGGACUGGCUCUGGUCUCCAAAGCGCCGGUCCUCGGGCCCGUGGCCGCUGACCAGGAGCCCCGCUCUCCCCUGCAGGGUUAUUUAGAUUAUUAGGGAUUUUAACGUUCCUGAAGACUUCAUCAAAGAAUUAUUUUCACUUUUGUUCAAGAGAAAGCUCUGAAUCUAUCAACUAGCUCAUAAAGAAGUCAUUUGUGUGGGUUACAUAUAUAGAUGUUUUCAUGAAGAGGAGUGAAAAGCCAGAAGGAUAUAGACAAAUGAGGCCUAAGACCUUUCCUGCCAGUAACUACACUGGCAGCAGCCGGCAAAUGUUGCAAGAAAUUCGAGAAUCCCUUAGGAAUUUAUCCAAACCAUCUGAUGCUGCUAAGGCUGAGUAUAACAUGACCAAAAUGUCAACUGAAGAUGCUCGACAAGUGAGAAAUCCACCCAAAUUUGGGACAUAUCAUAAAGCCUUGCAAGAAAUUCGAAACUCUUUACUACCAUUUGCAAAUGAAACAAGUUCUUCCUGCAGGAGUACUUCAGAAGUUAAUCCACAAAUGUUUCAAGAUUUGCAGGCUGCUGGAUUUGAUGAGGAUAUGGUUAUACAGGCUCUGCAGAAAACUAAUAAUAGGAGUAUAGAAGCAGCAAUUGAAUUUAUUAGUAAAAUGAGUUACCAAGAUCCUCGGCGGGAACAGAUGGCUACAGCAGCUCCCAGACCUAUUAAUGCCAGCAUGAAGCCAGGAAUUGUGCAACAAUCAAUUAACCGCAAACAGAGCUGGAAAGGUUCUAAGGAGUCCUUGGUUCCUCAGAGACAUGGCCCACCUCUAGGAGAAAGUGUAGCCUAUCACUCUGAAAGUCCCAACUCACAGACAGAUGUAGGAAGACCUCUGUCUGGAUCCGGUAUAACAGCAUUUGCUCAAGCUCACCCAAACAAUGGACAGAGAGUAAACCCCCUCCCACCUCCUCAAGUAAGGAGUGUCACUCCACCACCCCCUCCAAGAGGCCAGACUCCCCCUCCACGAGGCACGACUCCACCUCCUCCGUCGUGGGAACCAAACUCUCAAACAAAACGGUAUUCUGGGAACAUGGAAUACGUAAUUUCCCGAAUCUCUCCUGUUCCGCCUGGGGCGUGGCAAGAGAGCUAUCCACCACCACCUCUUAACACUUCCACCAUGAAUCCUCCUAACCAGGGACAGAGGGGCAUUAGUUCUGUUCCCGUUGGCAGACAACCAAUCAUCAUGCAGAGUUCUAACAAAUUUAACUUUACACCAGGGAGAUCUGGCAUUCAGAAUGGUGGUCAAACUGAUUUUAUGAUUCACCAAAAUGUUGUCCCUGCUGGCACUGUUAAUCGGCAGCCACCUCCUCCGUAUCCUCUGACCCCAACUAAUGGACAAAGCCCUUCCACCUUACAGACAGGGGGAUCUACUGCGCCUUCAUCAUAUACAAAUGGAAAUGUGCCUCAGUCUAUGAUGGUGCCAAACAGAAAUAGUCAUAACAUGGAACUUUACAACAUUAAUGUCCCUGGACUGCAAACAACUUGGCCUCAGUCAUCUUCUGCUCCUGCCCAGUCAUCCCCAAGCAGUGGACAUGAAAUUCCCACAUGGCAACCUAAUAUACCAGUCAGGUCAAAUUCUUUUAAUAACCCAUUAGGAAACAGAACAAGUCACUCAGCUAAUUCUCAACCUUCAGCUACAACAGUCACUGCGAUCACACCAGCUCCUAUUCAACAACCUGUGAAAAGCAUGCGUGUAUUAAAGCCAGAGCUACAGACUGCUUUAGCACCUACCCACCCUUCUUGGAUACCACAGCCAGUUCAAACUGUUCAACCUAGCCCUUUUUCUGAGGGUACCACUUCAAAUAUGACUGUUAUGCCACCUGUUGCUGAAGCUCCAACCUAUCAAGGCCCACCACCACCUUAUCCAAAACAUCUGCUACACCAGAACCCACCAGUUCCUCCAUAUGAAUCAAUAAGUAAAUCUAGCAAAGAGGAUCAGUCUAGUUUGCCCAAGGAAGAUGAGGAUGAGAAAAAUUUUGAAAAUGUUGAUAAUGGGGAUAAAGAAAAGAAGCAGAUUACAACUUCACCUAUCACUGUUAGAAAAAACAAGAGAGAUGAAGAACGAAGGGAAUCUCGUAUUCAGAGUUACUCUCCUCAGGCAUUUAAAUUCUUUAUGGAACAACAUGUAGAAAAUGUCCUCAAAUCUCAUCAGCAACGUCUACAUCGUAAAAAACAACUGGAGAAUGAGAUGAUGCGGGUUGGAUUAUCUCAGGAUGCCCAGGAUCAAAUGAGAAAGAUGCUUUGUCAAAAAGAGUCUAAUUACAUUCGUCUCAAAAGGGCUAAAAUGGAUAAGUCUAUGUUUGUCAAGAUAAAGACGCUGGGAAUAGGAGCAUUUGGUGAAGUCUGUCUAGCAAGAAAAGUAGAUACUAAAGCUUUGUAUGCAACAAAAACUCUUCGAAAGAAAGAUGUUCUGCUUCGAAAUCAAGUCGCCCAUGUCAAAGCUGAGAGAGAUAUCCUGGCCGAAGCUGACAAUGAAUGGGUAGUUCGCUUAUAUUAUUCAUUCCAAGAUAAGGACAAUUUAUACUUUGUAAUGGACUACAUUCCUGGAGGUGAUAUGAUGAGCCUGUUAAUUAGAAUGGGAAUAUUUCCAGAAAAUCUGGCACGAUUCUAUAUAGCAGAACUUACUUGUGCAGUUGAAAGUGUUCAUAAAAUGGGUUUUAUUCAUAGAGAUAUUAAACCUGAUAAUAUUUUGAUUGAUCGUGAUGGUCAUAUUAAAUUGACUGACUUUGGCCUCUGCACUGGCUUCAGAUGGACACAUGAUUCCAAGUACUAUCAGAGUGGUGACCAUCCACGGCAAGAUAGCAUGGAUUUCAGCAACGAGUGGGCUGAUCCCUCCAACUGUCGAUGUGGAGAUAGACUAAAACCUCUGGAGCGCAGAGCUGCACGCCAGCACCAGCGAUGUCUAGCACAUUCUUUGGUUGGGACUCCCAAUUAUAUUGCACCUGAAGUGUUGCUUCGAACAGGCUAUACACAGUUGUGUGAUUGGUGGAGUGUUGGUGUUAUUCUUUUUGAAAUGUUGGUGGGACAACCUCCUUUCUUGGCACAAACACCAUUAGAAACACAAAUGAAGAUGGACAUGGUGGCACACAUCUGUAAUCCCAGCACUUUGUGCGGCUGCAGCAGGAGGAGUGCCAAAUUUGAGUCCUAUCUGGGCAAUUUAGUUAUCAACUGGCAAACAUCUCUUCACAUUCCACCACAAGCUAAACUGAGUCCUGAAGCCUCUGAUCUGAUUAUUAAACUCUGCCGAGGACCAGAAGAUCGCUUAGGCAAGAAUGGUGCUGAUGAAAUAAAAGCUCAUCCAUUUUUUAAAACAAUUGAUUUCUCCAGUGAUCUGAGACAGCAGUCUGCGUCAUAUAUUCCUAAAAUCACACACCCAACAGACACAUCAAAUUUUGACCCUGUUGAUCCUGACAAGUUAUGGAGUGAUGAUAAUGAGGAAGAAAAUGUAAAUGACACUCUCAAUGGAUGGUAUAAAAAUGGAAAGCACCCUGAACACGCUUUCUAUGAAUUUACCUUUCGGAGGUUCUUUGAUGACAAUGGCUACCCAUAUAAUUAUCCAAAGCCUAUCGAAUAUGAACACAUUAAUUCACAAGGCUCAGAGGAACAUUCAGAUGAAGAUGAUCAACAUAAAGGCUCAGAGAUCAAAAAUCGUGAUCUAGUGUAUGUUUAACACACUAGAAAAUAAUUAUAAUGAGAAUCUGCAAUAAGGCCUGAAAUAUACUGGGCUUUUUGAAAUUCUAAAAGUAAAAUUAUGCAACUGUGGCAGAGCUCUAUAUGUGUGCUCUGUGUACAAUAUUUUAUUUUCCUAAAUUAUGGGAAGUCCUUUUAAAAUGUUAAUUUAUUCCAACCUUUUAAAUCAAUAAUUUAGAAAAAAAUUGUUAUACAUAAGUUAUGAACUGAAUAUUACAGUGAGUUCUUAGUACUUAAAGUACUUAAAAUAAAAAAUAGUGCUUUGUUUAAAAGGAGAAGCCUGUUAUCUAUUUGUAUAUAUGCUAAAUAAUUUUAAAACUCAAGAGUUUUUGAAAUUUUUUGAAAGACAUUUUUAGUUUUAUCUUGCUUUAACCAAAUAUGAAACAUGCCCAUAUUUACAGAGCUCUUCUCCCCUCCUCCCCAAUCUUGCUAGAGAAAUUAAGCCAUCAUUUUGCAUAGUGUUCCUAGGUUAAUGAUAAUUUGUACAAGUUAUAUCCUGGAACUAAGAAAUACAGGGUAGAAACAAUAUGUCCAUGAGAAGGAAAAAUAAUGCAGUUAUCUUUUCUCCCCUCCUCUGUGGAAUAGUCGUCUAGCUUUUUUCCUCUAGCUUUUUUUUUUUUUUUUUUUUUUUCAAAAAAUACUGGCUUU